UCACACCAUUACAUGUUGCAGCAGGGGAAGGUCAUGUUUCCGUAGCAGAUUGUCUACUUAAUUCUGGACAUUCGUUGGAACCAAAGGAUGAUUAUGGUAGAACACCAUUACACUAUGCAGCAUGGAAUGGUCAUGUUUCCGCAGCAGAACAUCUACUUAAUUCUGGACAUUCGUUGGACCCAAAGGAUAAUGCUGGUGACACACCAUUACAUGAUGCAGCACAGAGAGGUGAUGUUUCCGUAGUAGAAUGUCUUCUCACUUCUGGACAUUCGUUGGAACCAAAGAAUAAUUAUGGUAACACACCAUUACAAUUUGCAGCAUGGAAAGAUCAUGUUUCCGUAGCAGAACAUCUACUUAAUUCUGGACAUUCGUUGGACCCAAAGGAUAAUGAUCAAGAAACACCAUUGCACUUAGCCUGUAAAUACGGCAACCCGGAGGUUAUAGAAUUUCUGCUUCAAAAGGGUUCAGAUCUUUUUGCCUUGAGCAAGGAUAACAUGACAUGCCUGGACCUUGCAGUAGCAAGCUGUUACUCCAGCCAAGCUAUACCUAACUUAAGGGCUAUUAUCCGCCAUCUUGAGAGCCAGUACCCAGAGGAGGAGGAGAAGGUAAUGGAAAUUGUUCGACAUGCCGCUUACAAGGAGACCGCUGCGCCUCGAAACCGUCGUUUUCUUCAGACUUACCUUCAGCUGGAGGAAUUUUAUUCCGAAGGCCAAGUGGACGCUAACACUCUAGUUGUUCUAGUCAGCGGGGAACAACUUGUUGGGAAAUCCACACUGAUCAAGACAUUGAGAAAAGAAGAAAACAAUGGCACAUCAAACGACUCGAAACGAACCCGAGGCAUCCAGGUGUCCAACUUCACGGAUGAGCGUGGUCAGCAUUUGCGUAUCAAAGAUCUCGCUGGGCAGGAUGCGUUUUCAGCGACACACGACAUUUUCUGCCUAUCCACAUCAGUACCAAGCCUCGGUCUUGCUGUUGUCAAUAGUAAAUGGGACGCGAAACGGAUGACAACAAGCAUAACCACCACAGCUGGUCGGUUUUUGAGCCGGAUGCCGCCAUCGGUAACAUCAGACCAGCCGUUCAAUGUCAUGAUCAUUGCGACCUUCCGCGACGAGAUUAAGAGAGAGGAUCAUGGAAAACUUGCUGCAAAGCUUGCCACAAGCUAUAGUAGUGUCGAGAAGGAGUUUGGUGAUAAACUCCACUUUCGAGGACGCUUUGCUAUCAAUGCCACCAUCAAUGACGCAGACUUCGAUCGCCUGAGAGUAAAACUUUCUGAGGUCUGCAGAGAUAUCUUGAGCAAAUCUUGCAAGCAACCCAAAGUGCUCGGGAAGGCAGAGGAAAUACUGGCACAACUGCAUGACAACAUCCAAGCGCCAUUCUCAACAAGUCGGGAGUUUUCUCGACAGCUUUGUGCUGCUAGCCACGUAGAGUAUGAUGACAAUGCAGACAGCAUCAACACCGAACAAAUCCGUCGAUAUCGCAAGAUCCUCAAUGCGUAUGGCCUGAUUGUUUCUUUCUCAUCCCCUGAGCUGGACGACAUCAUCGUUAACCGACCCAACUGGUUGCUCUCCACGGUCAUUGGUCUCAUUCUCGCACCACCUGGGCUUGACGAUGAAGAUAUGCUGCACUUCAUAGAUGGUGUUGCGAAGGUCCAGGAAGUCCUUGGCAAGCUUAACAGCUGCGAGGGAGCAGAAGGUCAGGGCCCCCUGCUGCUGCAGAUGGUGAUACAACUAGGUGUGUUGCUGCAGGAGAAAGAAAGGAUCCUGGCACCCAGCCGUCUUCCGACCGCUGACAACUGCCUCGGCUCACUGGCCAAGAAAGAUUCAUCAUCUCAGUCGGCGUGCGCAGGAGUCUCUUUCACGACUCAGCACUGCUUCUCCACUGCUCUUGUUAUCCGGCUACAGACAGAGCUGUACGCCUAUUUCCACGAGCUUCACGGCAUUCCUGCUGAGCUCUGGAAGAAUCUGGUGGUAGUGGCUCCAGUCCAUUCCCCAGCCCGUGGUUGCAUCUCCGUCACGGACAGCCUGCGCCAAGCCGUCGCUGUUGUCCAUGCGCCAGUUGAAGAUACGCUAGAUGGCUAUUGUCUGCUGGCUCUGUUGCGCAUGGUGUUUGAUAGGCUGGCAGCACAGUAUAGCCCGGGCACUAAUUACUCCACGAGCAUCCUCAGCUCCGCUUCCAUUCGUCAGCACAUCCACGAGCCAAGUACCAAGUUUGAUUUCGCUGUGUACGAUGCAGAGCAAGUCAGAUCAUCUGUAGCAACACAGGGUCAUCUCUCCACUAGCCACCGUUACGUCGAUCGUGCCCCGCUUCUUCUCAAAUGGCCAGUUAACCAUGCUUCACUGCUCUCUGCACAGUCCUUUGAGUCCGUCCGAGAAAGCCUUGGUGAGUCCGACCUGCCUGCACUGGCCACCUGCCUGGGCCUUACAUCAUCAUCUUCAUCACGUGGGCACAGUAAUCAUCUACACGCUGCAGCAGCAUUGGUCCACAGCUGGGCAGUAACCGACUACCAUCACACAUCGACCAAGCUUCACCAGCUGCUAGUGAAAUCACCGAACGCCCAGCGCUUUGCAAAGAUCUGCAAGGUGCUACGGCAGCAUGAAGAACUGCUGGCCACCGAUUUCCCGGACAUAUUCCGGAAGCGUCGGGUGCAAGUCGUCGAGCCGGUCUCCGCCGGAGCUACUUCCUCCACUGUUCCACCAGACUUGUCAGAGAGCGUUCUUUCGAGCAGCCAGUCACACUCUGAUCAAGCCAGUCCAUCCACUGCCGCUCGGCAAGAUGAUGCUGGCAAUGCUGAGCAUCACGCUGCUGAUGGAAGCUGUGGAAUUUUCCUAUCCACUUCCCCACUCCAUGGCAUGUGGUCAACGGACGAACGCAUUGCAAACCUGUAUGAGGAGAAUGAAGCGGAGCUCUCUGAACAAACAGAGACGUUCUUGGAUAACCCAUUCAAGCAUGCCACCUUUAUUGAUGAUAUCCACAUCUGGCUGCAAUCACUAGGUGCUGCUGGCCUACGUAGCAAAGCACAGGGAUACGGCUUCUUUACGGAUUUUCCUCAGAUGAAAAGGCUCAUGAUCACUGAGAAGUACAAUGGUAACGAAGCCCACAACUGUGAGCUACUGGAUAUCAUCAUGGCACAGGAACGUGUUGGCUACAUCAAGCUGUGCAAGAUCGUCAAGGGUUAUGGACAGUACACAACACGGCUUGAGCAGAUGAACAGUUUGCUGACGGAGAGUGAUCGAGUCUAAUCAGGUGUCUACACUCUCUAACCAGGUUAUCGUUGUCAUGGUCACUGAGGACAGAGUCGGAACAGUGGCUGAUGUUUCCUAUCAUCGAUCAUUAGUCAUGCUGGCUAGAAAUUUGCCAUUGUGGCAAUUUGUUGUUUACUAUUUCACUUGCAUUUGCCAUGCAUGUAUGUAUACCAAUCCUUCACUUGUUUGCCUCAGUAUUGAAGAGCACUAUGUAUUUGUGUUUGUGUUCACUACGGCCUUCACUCGUUUUUUUAUUUUUUUAUUGCAUGUAUGUGUGUGUUUGUGAGUGUAUGUGUAUGUGUAUGUUGAAUGUAUGUGUGUGUGUGUGUGCGUGUGUGCGUUUGUUUGUGCAUGUGCACUUCUUGCCGCCUGCAAAAUUUCCCUAGCUAUUUUGUAGCACAAAGUGCUUGUGUGUAAUGUCAUUUCACUUGCUCUUCUUCGUCAUCAAUGAUGUCCAUGUGUGUGUUUGGCCUGAAGUUCCCGUUCGGCUUGCUUUUAGUACUACAACGUAACAGAAUACACUGUCAUGGUUGUUUGCAUGUUGAACAGUUCGACUUGUUUUUAUCCAUCAUUUCUGAUCACAACAUGCUUUGUGCAUUUCACUGCAGCUUCACUUGCUAGUCUCCAUCAUUGCCUCAUGGAAAUGUAUGUGUGCGUGUGCGCAUUGCGAUGUCACUUGUUUUUUACUUUUAUUUUUACAUGACACAAUUAUUAUGUUUAUGAACUACAGCACUGCAGUUUCGCUUCUUAUUUUUCUCAUCAUUAAAGCACAGAAUUUGUUUGUGUUACCCACAGUUUCCCUCUUUUUUACCCAUCAUUGCAGACCCCAGUGACCUUUUUUGUCAUUGUUAUUCCCUUGCCAGCCUACAUCACUACUGACCUGCAAUAUGAUUGCGGGUGUGUGUGUGUGUGCAGUGAUGUUUUCAUUUGUUUUCUGUGACAGUUACACAACAUGACGUGUUUGUGUACACUGCUGUUUCACUUGUAUCAUUUCUUAUCACUACAGCACAGAAUACGUGUGUGUGUGGGUGUGUGGACUGAUCAUGCACUUCAUUACUUUUAUCCAUGAUGUGAAAUCACAGUGUGGUCUUUGGGCAGCUCAUCACUGUUUUCAUUGCUGUUUUCGUUGCUUUUUCACUGCCAGCUGUUUUCGUUGCUUUUCACUGCCAGCUGUUUUUGUUGCUUCUUCAUUGCCAGCUGUCUUCGUUCCUUUUUCACUGCCAACUGUUUUCGUUGCCGUUUUUGUUGCUUUUCGCUUCUAGUAUUCUAUAUGGUGGAGUCGGCAAUGUAUUUUCAUGCUCUGCUGUUUUCUGUAUCAGUAAGGAACCCACUUUGUCGGAACUGCACUUUACUUUGCAUGCCUUCUUUUUUAAUUACAGCACAGAAUGUGUGUGUGUGUGUCUGCACUGAUCUUGCACUUAUUUUCCUUAUCAUUGCACAACAUGAUGCGUUUACACUUUACACCAUGUACCACUGCUGCAAUUGCCUUGCCGGAUCAUUACGUCAUUACGUCAUUACGUCAUUACGGUACACAACUUGUUAGUGUACUGUGCACUGCACUUUCGCUAUUUUCAUCAUCAUUAUUCGGAAGUCUUGUUUUUGUUAUCCAUACGGAGACCCGACCUUCACAGUGUGCCGUCUGCUGCUCAA